GGACUGGUACAAUUUACCAGAUCCUCACAGUCGUUUGUUCAACUGUUGUCCAAUCCUACUUCGUCUUUCGGCUCUAUCGAUUUAGUGGAACGAUCUGGUUACCGAUGCUGCUUGUUCUGUUGACUCUGGGGCAAAUUGGGACCGGACUUGCGAUCUGUCUUAGAGUAAAUAUCGCUCGCGGCGGCGAAAGCAUCGUCCAUUCCAUGCGCCCUCUUAUGGUCUCUUGGUUAACACUAGAGGCAGCGGCCGACCUCGUGAUUGCCCUCUCCGUGUCAUACUUCCUCCAGACGCGCCGCACGGGAGUUCUGCAGACGGAUACGGUAUUACGAAAGUUAACAAUAUACGCUAUCAACACCGGCUUGCUGACCAGCAUUCUAGCGUUGGUCGUCAUGUUUGUUUUCGCACUCUACGGCCUCCACUUCGUCCACAUGAUAUUCAUACUGCCGCUCGGAGGAGUUUAUACUGCAUCCCUUCUGGCAAAUCUACAUUCGCGCUCGAGACUCUGGAAAGAACUUCAUCAUCAAGGAGAAAAUGACUUUCCAAUACACUUGUCCCACCUUUCUCCCAAGGCGAGAGAAAUGUGUCGCAAGGGAGAUCACAGUUGACCCUGAUUACAAUCAGGGAACUUCUCCCGAAUCUAGUAGAAGGUACCCACAUCAGUCGCGUCUAAAGAAAUUACCAAGACAAUCAAUCCAGCGUGAAAUAUACGCGCACCUUUGGGGGAAGACGAGACAGGUGUAUCGAAGUACCAUGCUCU